CACUUACGUCAUACGGUAACUAAAAAAAAUCGAAGUACAUUUCUCACCAGGCGUCCACUCUUGUAUUGUCAUAAACACAUAUUUUUUUGUACAUAUAUUGUUCGACUUUGCACGGGAAUCUAUUUCUAAUGGACGCUACUACGAGGGAGGAUCGGAAUCUACGCCUCACGCAGCUAAGGCAACAUUAUUGUUAGCAAAACUUGCUAAGCUACGAGGCUAGCGUAUAGCACCCGAGAGCUAAGCUAUGCGUUAGCCUUAGCUUGCUAAAAGCACUGACAAACCGACAAAGGUGGCCAAUGUGAUCCUGAGCAUGCGAGAGUGACUCUGCAAUCUCUUUGGACUCUUCCUGUCAGGAUCACUUUACGAGGACCCCCCCCCCCCACCCCCCCACCCCCCCACCCCCCACCCCCCCAAACAGUCCACAGGGUGAUUUGACAGGAUUUUCCAUUAUGUUUUGCUGCACCUGAACCAUGUGAGGGUCUAUGAAUGGUGUCCGGGGAAAAGACUGACCCUGUCUGUCCCUGAAAAGUGUUCUUCCCCACCCCUUUUUGCCCCCUUCAUCCCCUCUACCCCGUCCAGACAUUCUUGAGCUCCUUACCUAAAAAAGGAGGCACGCCAUGAUGUUCAGAGACCAGGUAGGUAUUCUCACGGACUGGUUCAAGGGCUGGAACGAGUGCGAACAGACAGUGGCUCUGUUGUCCCUCCUCAAGAGGGUGUCCCGCACACAGGCUCGCUUUUUACACAUAUGCCUUGAACACUGGUUGGCGGACUGCACAGAGAUUCAUAUCCUUGAAGCGGAGGCCAACAAUGCAGCCAUAGUUAACCAGUGGCACCAGGAGCCCAAGGAGAAAGUGGUCUCUUUGCUCUUGUCCCAUCUGCCUUUGUUGCAGCCGCGCAACAGCGAGGCCAAAUGUGAGUACAUGAAGCUGCUGCAGAAGGUGUUGAGUCACACCAUUGAGAGUAGCUUGUUUGUGGAGGAGAGCAGACAGCUACUGUCCUACGCACUCAUCCAUCCCGCCACCACACUGGAGGACCGCACGUCCCUGGCCAUGUGGCUCAACCACUUGGAGGAGCACUUAUCGGGCUGUUACGCGCCAUCCACACGGCCGCCACCCAGCCCAUACCACCCGCGUCAGGGCUCGGACGAGUGGCCCAGCUCGGCCGAGGCCCUGGAGCCCGGCCACGCCUGGCACGACAAGUCUCCCUCGUCCAGCACGUCUCCUGCAGGCCACAACGGGCAUAUGGCUUUUCCGGGCGGAUUGUCUUCUCCUGUCAACAGCAAUAACACAGGACUAGGUGGGCAGAUGCAGCCGAGCCCUCUGAAAAAAUCCAUUAUCCCCUCCAGUCCCCAGGCUUGUGGGUCCGAGUGGCUCAGCCAGGAUGACACAGGGAGCCGGCAGAACUUCCUCCCGACAGAUCACGCGCCCCUCUCCCCGCAGAGUAGUGUGGCCUCCUCGGGCAGCGAGCAGACAGAAGAGCAUGGCUCGGCACGCAACACCUUCCAGGAGGACGGCAGUGGCAUGAAAGAUGUUCCUGCGUGGUUGAAAAGUCUCCGCCUUCACAAAUAUGCAUCACUUUUUUCCCAAAUGACCUAUGAGGAAAUGAUGAUUCUCACGGAGCAUCAUCUGGAAUCACAGAAUGUCACCAAGGGAGCACGGCAUAAAAUUGCCUUGAGCAUCCAAAAACUGCGUGAGCGGCAAAGUGUGCUGAAAUCUUUGGAAAAGGACAUUUUGGAAGGAGGAAACCUGCGUAAUGCACUGCAGGAGCUGCAGCAGAUCAUCAUCACGCCCAUCAAGGCCUACAGCAUGUUGUCGCAGCCGGCCAGCGCUCCUCCAGAAGCGACAAAGUCAGCAACGGAUAAAGAAACAGCCCCUGAGGGAUUCCAUCAUUCCCACAGCACGCCUACCUGUGAUGGAGACUCCUCGACGACGCCUAUCUCGGACGGCGACAUUGCCGGACAGUUCACCCGAGUCAUGGGGAAAGUGUGCACGCAGCUGCUCGUGUCCAGGCCAGAUGAAGAGAAUAUCAGCUGCUACCUCCAGCUCAUUGAGAAGUGUCUAAUACACGAGGCUUUCACAGAAACCCACAAAAAGCGUCUGGUUUCAUGGAAGCAGCAGGUCCUCAAACUGCUCCGCCUAGUCCCUCGGAAAGCCAUGCUGGACAUGCCCGUGUACCGACAGAAAGGCUGGGCCUACGGGUCCAACUCCCUCCCCACAGCAGGCUCUGUGAGCGGAGGCGUGGGCCGACGGGGCCAGAGGCAGUUUCAGAUAACACCGCGUGGACUCCAGGCUGGGCGAAUGGGUCUGCUGAGUCCCGGCGGCAUCGGCAGCGCCUCUCCUCGCCACACGCUCACUAACCCCGCGCUGGCAGGCCAGGGUCGACAAAGCCUGUGGUUUGCCAACCCCGGGGGCAGUAACAGCAUGCCAAGUCAAAGUCGCAGCUCUGUGCAGCGGACCCACUCACUUCCUGUCCACACCUCCCCGCAAACCAUGCUCAUGUUCCAACAGCAAGAUUGCCAAGUUCCAGGCGCAGACCUGGAGAUAAACCCUACGCUAGAGUCGCUGUGCCUCAGUAUGACGGAGCACGCCUUAGGGGACGGAACUGACCGGACAUCAACGAUAUGAAAAGAAGACUAGAAAAAAAGAAAAGCUCCUCAUCACCCAGCACAAAUAUUUACGUACGCUCGAGCAAACCAGGCAAAGCAGUCACUACAUAAUGACAAAAAUACUGUGUAUAUGUUCGCUAAUAUUUUUGUACUUUAUUAUAUAUAUAUAUAUAUAUAUAUAUAACUAAGUUUAUUAUUAAGAAAAAUGGAAUACAGAUAAUUAUAUUGCAGGACAGGGAGGAAGGUUCACGACCGUGUCACUUGCAGGACUGUGACAUGGCGCAAUUGUGAGAGCGAGAAAAGGAUCGGUGCUGUCUUAAAAACGGCCCUGUAUGAGUUCUCCUUCUUUUCCCUAUUCCUCACAGUUCUGCACCACCUCGCGUGUAGAUCGGCCAGAUGUAAGGCACUUUUAUCCAUACGGCACUAGACUGUAAUUGGCUUAAAGAAGACACUUUCGAGAACCCGAAAGGCUUCUCAAAAGGUUAGUCUCUUUACGGUCUUCUCCAGACAUGUUUUGAGAGAAUGAGCACGUAACUCAACAGCAGGCAUCGCCUUUUAUUUAAACGUUCCACCCUGAAGACUCCUCCUCUCCACUAAAGCCAAAGAGAAGGGUUGAUCGGUCGAUGGCUCAUUCGGGAAGGAUUACUUGCAACAGAAUGGUUUAACUUCAAAAAGCAGUUGGAGAAUGCUUGGCUGCGCUUUGCCGGUGUUAUUUUAAUUGUUUUUUUCUCCCCCCCCCACCCCUUUUUUUAAAUAACUCCCUACUGCGUCAAUGAUGAUGAAUUAUCGCGUUGUGCCGAGGAGCUAGGGCCGGCAAAGGGUUGUACUAUUGCACAAGAGCUGAUUUGAAAUAUGGAUCCUCUCCAGUGACCCCUAGUACAGGGGUUCCUCGCUUUUAUGACUGCAUUCCAUUCCCAUGGCGGCAGUGUAACUCAAAUUUGUACUAAGGUCGAAAUGUGUCACAGUCAUUCACUAACCUAUGCUAAAGCUGUAGUAAGGUCAUAAUAGCAAAUAUUUGUAUGAAAAAUACUUAUAGGCUAUAAAUAUAAAACAAUCCAAUGAAAAACAGAAAGUACAGUGGUAACUGAGUGACAAAUUAUUCUUACACAGCGGUGCGAACUACUUUGUAACAUCAAAACGUAUGUGUGGACCGUUGUAAACCGAGGACCCCCUGUAUUGUCGUAACAUUCACACAUACUGUACAUAAACAAAUGAGAAACAACACAGUGGAACCCUUUCUCCAAAGAAUUGAUAGAGAAUCCCUAAUAUAGCUAACACUCUUGACAACUGGCCAAUAAAACCCACUCUGGGACCCCAAAGUACACCCUUUAUAAUCACACGUGACGAUUUGAUGACUCAUGCGUCUCCAAGGUGCUCCAAGAUGGCCAUACUUUUCCGUUACUGUCUGUGUUUCAGUCAACCCUUAACAUUAUCGCGUGGUAUCAGUGUUGAAUCGUUUAAAAAAUAAUAAUAAUAAAUAAACAAAAGAAGCGGUCUUCUAACCCGGCCUCUGUCUUGGAAUGUGGCAGAGCGGAGGUGCAUGUACGUUUGAAUAUGGUCACAAUAUGGCUCACUUUGUUUGUUCGGUUGCUUUGUAAGGCAGGGAUGACCGAAUUUUUAUUUUGUGGCAGCACCCAUAGUUAAAAAGCAAAGAUAGUUCUACAGUGGAAACCCCAAAGUUGACUCCAAACUUAUUCUAAUUUCAGGUUUUCCCAUAGGACAUAAUGUAAAAAUUCGUUCCACAGUUAAAUUUUCAGCAUCAUACCCCAAGGAUCAAGAAGUCUAGUAGCCUUCACAAAUCCUUUUGUCUUGCUGAAAUUAGCCCAAAUCGGCCCUAUCUCAUGCAUGUGAGCCAGCCCUCAUCUUGGAACACAUGCUGCUGGGCCUAUAAGGAGUAUGGAUUUGGUUACCAUGACAACUAGCGGCAGAGCAAGGGGUGGGUGCACUGACAACCCUGAAUCUAAAACAGCGGGUGAGAACUGCGAAGCACAUGCGCGCCCCCACGAAGACAGCAUGGAUUCUAUUUUCCCUCAUGGAGGCAGCACUUCAGCACCAAGUCGCCAAAUUACACUUGUCAAUUUCUGUGCUGACCUCUGUAUGUGGCGCAUGCAGUGGGCCCGUCACCAAAUACAAAUACACUGCCACCCCCACCUUGUCAAGUAUGUGCCACUGAUCAGAAGCUAAUGCUAAUCUGUGCAUCCAACAAAACUCAAUGGCGGUCUCCUUACCUUUUUGCUUUAAUGUACUAUUUCACCAAUCCGUGUCAAGACUACAAAUGAAUGGCACUUGUGCAAAGCUACCACUGGCUAAUUUAACCAUACGAAAUUCCCUGCACAUUUUCAGAAGUAGGCAGCGAACAAAACAUUUACUUGGUUGUUAAUUUUCACACUUAGAAUUACAAUCUUUAUUGUCAUUGCACAGUGGUUGGUAGGCAGUGGGCACACACUCCAGAGACCCAACUACUUGUACAAGCCAUAAAAAAAGUCUUGAGUCCUGUAAUAUGUUCUCUAGAUAAUUGUAUGUAGUUACUCGCUAUGUGUUCAGCUACACAAUUUUUACCUUUAAUAAAAUAAAUUCCAUUUAAUUGAUAUUUAAUGAAUUGUAUUGCUCCUAUUUUAAACUAAGCGGCCCGACACAUUCCUAUCUCACAGAGCUAACUAAUAUGAUGAUGUUUGAGCCUUUGAACUCUCAAGUUUUGUCGGUAGUUCAACUUUGGAGGUUCCACUGUAUACUCAAACCUGUUUUUUUAUAACUCUCCCUUGAUAUGGAUAACUUAUGCUUACUUUGUAUAAUCGCAUGUUUUUUGCCACACUAAUACAGCACUGUUGUAGAUAAGAGGACAACAUGGUGAGCAGACAUUUUGCAACUAAAAGUGUGUGUGUGUGUGUGUGUGUGUGUGUGUAUAUGUGUGUUUAUAACGCCUGUUUACAUCUUUCUAAGAUAAAGCCCAUGUCAUAUUAUAUGGAAAAAAAAACAAUUUUGCGUCUGCGGAUCUUUAAUGGCUUCAUGUUGUCGAGUUACAUUGCAGUUAGGUUUUCUUCAGAGCAGGCUCUUGAAUACAUCUGACUUACUGAGAAGAAAAAAACAAACAAAAAAAACACAUCACACUCGUGCCCGACAAGGACCUCAACAAAGACAGCUGACAUUUUUAGGACUUGUUACAUAUGGCUCAGAUUGUCCUUUCCAGAACCAAGGUGCUGCAGUAGAGUACAGUACAGUCGAUGUGCAUGAUGAAGCUGCAGCAGAGCAUGACGACGCUUUUCUGAGCCACAGUCGAUGAUGCGUAAUCUGUAAAACACUACACAACAAUACAAGGCCAAGGAGUACUCUGUUUACAUUCCAGUGAUGCACUUCGUUUUGGCACUAGUACAGGGGUGGGGAACCUACCUGGCAUGGGACUUGUUCCAGCUCAAAACUAUAACAUAAAACCCACAAUUGCUCAUAAUAGGCUACUCACAAAAAUGUAUGGAUAUUGGGCUCUUGGUUGAAAUUUCAGGAUGAACCUGAAAUGCACUAUAACCUUUACAGUUUAACUUAAUUUGACCUUCUCUCGCUAAACUUUUGAAUGCAGUUCUAACUUCUCAGUGUUUCAGCUUUUAACAAAACUCGCAGUGCUCUGUAAAAGAGCUGACUGGCAAAAUUCAAAACAGGUGUAAUAGAUUUCCCAUGACGUCCGCAUCUGCCUUUCUGUAACUCUUCCAGUCUGUCUGUCUCUGUUGCAACUUGCAGAUGGCAUUCUUCACACUUUGAAUUCAGUGGUCACUUUCCUCUGAGAACAUUAUUUUUGUUGUUUAAUUGUUAAGGUGCUAUCUUGGUCUCGAGAUGUAAAAAUCUGAAAAUCAUGAUGAAGAGGACUGUUUAAAUACUAAUUGAACUAGGAAAUGUAUUGGUCCAUUCACGAAUCAAGCACCUGUUGUGAAAUUUGCUGUUCAACUUUUUAUUAGCGAGCAACAAGUUGUGCAAAAAGUACAAAAACAUAUAACAGCUGGACAUGUGCAGGUCAAAUUAAGUUAGUUAAUAGUGCAUUUUAGGUUCAUCUAGAAAUUUCAGCCAAAAGCCACAUAUCCCUAGCUUUUUGAAAGUAGUGUAUAUAAUAAACAUUAGUUGGCACAUAUUGUUCCAUGAACAUACUAAGGAUAUCAGAGAACUAAAAUGGUUCCCCAUUCCUGUACUAGCACACGCAGUCACAUUGAGAUCAUCGAUGACCCUGCCGAGCUUGAUCCAUGAAUUGAAUGCAACUGGGCUGUUGCGGUUUUCUUAACACAAUUUAUAUUUCAUUCUGAUGACUUCCCAGACAUUUUCUAAUGUUUUAUGAAAUCUGUGCAUCACAUGCUUUUUUUUUUUUUUUUAAACUGUUAGUCCUAUUUGUGAAUUGGUCUGAAGUGCAGCAUCCAUCGGGGUCAUUGACAGUCCUAAUAAAGAAGUUCAGUUCUUUUUGCAACAGAA